UAGCAAGACGCCAAAAUUGGGAGGGUUCAUACCAGGUUUGGCGAAAAUAUGCAAUAGAGACCUUUGGCCUCCGGACCACCUCCGGAGUCCGGCCGCUCCGCAAAAAGUCUUUGAGCGACUUCCUCGUAGUGGUAGAUUAUCCUCAACCAGGAUGUCCAUGUUCUUAUUAAGAGGUGCAAAGGAAAGGGCCUCCAUGAAUUCCUUCCCCUCAGAUGGUAUGUCAAGCAGUUUGAUCCCAACCACCAUGUGAUCAUCGCUACCCAUCAAGAACUCACCAAUAUGUCUAGAUAAGAAUUUCUAAGCGGUCUCUGGAGCGCCACCUUUAGCAUGGUGCCCCGUUAGAAAUCAAUGGACCCCUGCUGCUUGGUCUUUGAGACAUUAGAGAUGAACGAGGCCGGAGGAUUGUCCCCUUUCUUGGUCUUUUGGAAGGAAACUUCGAUCGCCUCCGCAACCUUCACCUUGUUAAGAAGGGCAUGAAUCUCCUUAUCAUGAUGCCUUAUCCACUCGUUUGACUCGGCCAGAUCUUCCAUCGCAUUGUCACCCUUUGUCACACUGACUGAGGCCGCCAAUUUCCAAGUGGCAUUGAGCAGCGCCUCGACUUCUUCCUUAUCUGGGCAACGACCUUCAUGUCCUACUCAGCAGCCAGGAAGGCCUUGCGGAAGUACACAAGGCCUAAUUUUGUUACUACAGAAAGUAAAGCAUAACCAGAAUAGAUAAAUACUCUCUUAGUCCCGCUCACUAAGUUUGUUCCAUUUUACCACUAAGAUUGUCCCAUACCAAAUUUGUUAAAGUUUGUGUAGCUCCAAAUUUGGCCUGAAGAAAGUUGAGAGAGCUUCUCUCCUGUGCUCAUCGGCGAACGCAACUCUUUUUCUUACGCAGCAGGAUUUCCAUGGAUCAGGUGAUGGUUUUGGAAGGUUAGCUGUUAGUUUCAGGAUCGGAUUAACUGUCAGAUACUGAUUCUGUACUUCGAUUUCAUUUUUUGAAGACGUUUCUUGACCUAGAACGACGAAUUACGAGCGUGUACUGUUCAUGGUCUGCUCGAUUAAAUUCUUCGUUCCUUUUUGUUAAUUUGUGUUUUACUGCUGUUUUGAGGGCCAAAUCGCUUCUGAAACCUUUCAUGAGCUUUAUUUUGGCUCUGAAUGAUGGACGAAAGCUGAAGACCCAACCGUGUUUUGUCUGAGGCGCUAUUGGUACUGUAGCCCUGCGUUUGUACCAUGGCGAGGAAGAAAUUACAGGGAACUGGUGUAGCGUCCACAGCAAGGAUUACGAGGUCCUCUUUCUCCGUGUUGGAGGAACCAAACAGCGAGUUCCCAGCUCUGGGAACUACUGUGAAGAAUGCGAAGGCAAACGCAGGGGAUGGGAACACUUGUGCAGGGACUGCUGAUGCUCCUGGGAAGCCCGAUUCUGCUGGAGGUGCUUCUGAACCUGGGAAGCCCGUAUCUGUUUCUGGAAAUGCUGCUGCACCUGGGCCGUUGAUACCCACUGCAGCUACUUUACCUGGACAGAUUAAUCCUGGGCCAAACGGGGAGCAAGUAGCUAAACCUGCUGGGACUAAUCCACAAUGGGCUGAACUUUUUAGAGACAAUCGUGCUCCGUCUAAAGGUAUCAAAUUGAAAUAUCUUCCUUCCGGUGAUGAAGUUGUUGAUCUCUCAAAUUGUGUGUUACCUUCUAUGGUCUCGGUGUGGGGUUUUGCCUUGUUGGAUGCUUUACAUGUAGAUUCCCGAGACUUAAAGCGAUAUAUGGGUGGGUGAUAUUUAAAUUUAAGAAUGAGCAUGAUAGAACUAAGGUUUUUACCGAAGGACCUUAUAAUAUCUUUGGAAGAUUACUUAUCUUGAAA